CCGGAGAAACUAGUUUGUUGGCGACGCCGGUGCGGUUCGGCUGCGUGAUCGCGGUCGCAACGGGUGAGCCGAUCGAGGCCGGCUGCUGCUGCAAGGACUGCGGGGCUCGUGGGACCGCACGGCGAGUACCAGGUCGGGCCCGUGCCCACAGGGGGCGCCGGCGUCGGGACUUGUCAACCGGGACAGCGACCCUGAGCGAGGAGCGCCCGGCUGGGCGUAGGACCGCGGGCUCGGCUCACUGGGUCGGGGAGGUGGUUGACAAUGUCAGUCAGCGUUCACGAGACCCGUAAGUCGCGGAGCAGCACGGGCUCCAUGAACAUCUCGCUUUUCCACAAGGCCUCACACCCAGACUGUGUGCUGGCUCACCUCAACACUCUACGGAAGCACCGCAUGUUCACUGAUGUCACACUCUGGGCUGGCGACCGAGCCUUUCCUUGCCACCGUGCCGUGCUGGCUGCCUCCAGCCGAUACUUCGAGGCCAUGUUCAGCCAUGGCCUGCGGGAAAGCCGGGAUGAUUCGGUCAACUUCCAGGACAACCUGCACCCUGAGGUGCUGGAGCUGCUGCUAGACUUCGCCUACUCCUCCCGCAUCGUCAUCAAUGAGGAGAAUGCAGAAUCGCUGCUGGAGGCGGGUGACAUGUUACAGUUCCAUGAUGUCCGGGACGCAGCUGCCGAGUUUUUGGAGAAGAAUCUCUCCCCCUCUAACUGCCUGGGCAUGAUGCUGCUGUCUGAUGCCCACCAGUGCCGACGGCUCUAUGAGUUCUCCUGCCGCAUGUGCCUGGUGCACUUUGAGACGGUGCGGCAGAGUGAGGACUUCAAUAGCCUGUCCAAGGACACACUCUUGGACCUCAUCUCCAGUGAUGAGCUGGAGACUGAGGAUGAACGAGUGGUCUUCGAGGCCAUCCUGCAGUGGGUAAAGCAUGACCUGCAGCAGAGAAAGGCCCACCUGCCGCUGCUCCUGCGCAAUGUGCGCCUGGCCCUGCUGCCCUCGGACUGCUUGAAGAAGGUUGUAUCCGGGGAGGCCCUCUUCAUGGAGGAUGAGCGCACCAAGCUCCUCAUAGAUGAAGCCUUCCAGUGCAAGACCAAGAUCUUGCUGAAUGAUGGCGUGGUCACCAGUCCCUUUGCCCGGCCUCGCAAGGCGGGUCACACGCUGCUCAUCCUGGGAGGCCAGACCUUCAUGUGUGACAAGAUCUACCAAGUGGACCACAAAGCCAAGGAGAUUAUCCCCAAGGCGGAUCUGCCAAGUCCCCGGAAGGAGUUCAGCGCUUCAGCCAUUGGAUGCAAGGUCUAUGUGACUGGAGGCAGGGGCUCUGAGAACGGGGUCUCUAAGGAUGUCUGGGUGUAUGACACUGUCCAUGAGGAAUGGUCCAAGGCGGCCCCCAUGCUGAUUGCCCGCUUUGGCCAUGGCUCAGCCGAGCUAGAGAACUGUCUGUAUGUGGUGGGGGGCCAUACAUCUCUAGCAGGUAUUUUCCCUGCCUCUCCCUCUAUUUCCCUGAAACAAGUGGAGAAAUAUGACCCUGGGGCUAAUAAAUGGACUAUGAUGGCCCCGAUGAGAGAUGGCGUCAGCAAUGCUGCAGUGGUGAGUGCCAAGCUGAAACUCUUUGUGUUCGGAGGCACUAGCAUCCACCGGGACAUGGUGUCCAAAGUCCAGUGUUUUGACCCCUCAGAGAACCGGUGGACAAUCAAGGCAGAGUGUCCCCAGCCUUGGCGCUACACAGCUGCUGCUGUCCUGGGCAGCCAGAUCUUUAUCAUGGGAGGUGAUACAGAAUACACUGCAGCUUCAGCCUAUCGCUUUGACUGUGAGACCAACCAGUGGACCCGGAUUGGGGACAUGACUGCCAAACGCAUGUCCUGCCAUGCCCUGGCUUCCGGUAACAAGCUGUAUGUGGUGGGAGGCUACUUUGGGACCCAGAGGUGUAAGACCUUGGACUGCUAUGACCCCACUUCAGACACAUGGAACUGCAUCACCACCGUGCCCUACUCUCUCAUCCCCACAGCCUUUGUUAGCACCUGGAAGCAUCUGCCUGCGUGAAAGGCACCUGCAGAGCCCAGCCAGGGCAACCACUGAUGCUCCAAGUGACAGAGGACAGAUGCAGCAGGGGAUGUGAGCUUUGUGACCUCAAGACGGUCCCUCCUUAGUCACCACUACAUCCCUAUAUCCUGGCAUCUAGAGGCUGUGGUGAAUUUUUAUCCAGGUCACAAAAGAGCAUGCCUCUUGUUGUCCACAGCCGGUCACCUGCCCUUCAUCACACCUGCCUUCCUCCUGUAUCUGCCUCAAUGAU